CGUUUUACUUAUGUGCAUGUGUGUGUCCAUUGAACCCAAUUUAUCUUCAUAUAUUUUUUCAUUAAGUGUAUUAUUUAGUGACUUGGAUAACGCUUUUAUCGGAGGUAAACGAAAACUCGGAAACUAAACGCACCAUUUAAUAAAAGCUUUACCAUGAAGCUUCUACCUGUACCUCUUGCGCCCGUUUCUCUGCCGCCUCCAGGCCAACCCUCUUCACAUCCCUCCACUCCCACACUGCUACAUCCCCAUCAGUCCCAAUUGUCUUCACAUCAUCAUGUUCAUCAUCAACAACACGGAGGUGGCCCCUAUUCUCCAUCGGCAGCCGAUUUUUCCUUUUGGCGGUACCCCUCAUCCCAAUUGAGUGCAUACGCAGCAGCCGCUGCUGCUAACAAUUCUACUACAACUGGCGGAUCAGGAGUACCACUUAUAGCUCCGGUUCCUGCACUAAGUGGGCUUGGUGGACCAGCUGGAGUCACCACAGCAGGAGGUGGUCCAUUACCGCCUCCAUUAGGAAUUGAUCCUCGGUUGUGGGGAAGAGAAGAUGUAGCUGCAUUUUUAAAAUGGUGCGAACGAGAGUUUGAUCUGAGGGAGUUUGAUAUGGACGCGUUUCAGAUGAAUGGAAAAGCCAUGUGUCUUUUAACUAAAAACGAUCUAUCAGAACGUUGUCCAGGAGCAGGUGACGUUCUUUACAACGCACUUCAAAUGUUAGUACGCGAUGCUGCAUUACUUCAAAGGUGUCUGCCCGGGUCACCAGUUACCCCGACGUCCAGGCAUCACACGUGGCCCCACCUUCUUGCUACUGCCCAAGAUGCUGCUUUUCAUGGACAUCUUGCUGCAGCAGCUCACUUUGCAUCACAGCAACAUGCAGCCGCAGCAGCUGCUGCCGCAUCCGUUGCCCUAAGUCCUGCUCCUUCACUGGAUAGCCAGCAAGGCAGCCCACAGCAUGCUGACCAGCAGCAACAACAACAACAGCAGCAAAUGCAACACCAUGCCAACGGAUCAACAGUUUCAUCUGUUACGCAUCAACAGCAGCAACAGCAAGGAUCGGCGCCUGUGGCACCUGCUCAUGCAAUUGCUGCUUCUAUGUAUCAAAGCAAUGGACGGUCUGAUAGUGAAGACGAUGAGUGCCAGGACACAAAAAGUGCAUUAUCUUUAAACAAUGGUGUUUCUCCACCGGGCACACCAGGUUUACCACCGCCUUCCGGAUAUUUAUCAUUCCCGAUGCAGCAGGCUCCACCAAGAUCACCAGUUGAACUAAAAAGUCCUGCGCACUUUAGGGCUUCUUCUGGACAUGGCGAAUUUUUCCAAACUGAACCUUCGGAACCAAACACAAAUGGUCGACUUCUUUGGGACUUCUUACAACAGCUUUUAAAUGAUUCUUCUCAAAGAUAUACAAACUAUAUUGCCUGGAAAAAUAUUGAAACUGGUGUCUUUAAAAUUGUGGACCCUGCAGGACUGGCUAAACUUUGGGGAAUACAGAAAAAUCAUCUUUCUAUGAACUAUGACAAAAUGUCCAGAGCUUUGAGAUAUUAUUACAGAGUCAAUAUUUUGAGAAAAGUGCAAGGAGAAAGACAUUGUUACCAGUUCCUUAGAAAUCCAUCAGAACUUAAAAAUAUAAAAAAUAUAUCACUUCUACGUCAACAAAUGUCACCAACGAGAGUGAAUUCAACCACACCUGUGAACCAACAACAAGUAGUCCAAACAUCAACUCAAUCCCACCAACUCACUGUACCAACUCCAGUUUCUAGAAGUUCACCUAUUGUCAGUACUAUUCCUUAUUCACCAGAUUUGACUGCAACGAUUAAAACUGAACCUAGGUUGGAUGAUGUUGAUGUUGAAAAUAAUAGCAUGGAAGAUGAAAUGCCCACUGAUCUCAGCAUGAUGAGCAGUAAUAGUGAAUUGAGAGCCACAGAUCUAAGUGCCAAAUAUAAUGGACACAGGAUUAAUAUGAUCAUGAAUGGUAGUCAUUCAACAUAUGAUAGUAUAAAAGUUGAUAAUGAGAGUAAAUGAGAUAUGGUAAGAUAUUAUAUGGAUUUCUAUGUAACUAGUUGAUACUUGAGAUUUUAAGCACAUGUUGGCAUUGGAAU